UUCUUCUCUUCUUCUUCUCCUUCGGCGUAUUAGGUAGAGAUUGAGAGGAGAUGGCAGGGAGGAAAUCAUUUGUGGAUGAGUUUUUUCCUAUAAAAAAUGAGGCAGCAAAGACAGCCAAGUAUGAGAGCUUGGGCUCUAUUUUUCCCCCACUCUCAACGGUGGCUGGAAAUAAUUCAGAGUGGCCUGCUUCGUGGAGGAAUACCGAAACUGAGGGGGGUAAUUCUCGGGGCAGCACAGCCAAAAAGAGUAAUAAAACCGUCGGCCUUCAUGAGUUAUCAGAAUCAUGUCUCAUGAGCUCUUCUGUAUAUUAUGGUGGCCGAGAUGACUACAUUCCUCAGACUUCGGCUGCUCAGAAUUCUGGAGCACAUUACAGUUACAAGAAGAAUAAUAAAGAGGAUGAUUUAGGGAAUUCAGAAGUUGCCACAAGAGGUGACUGGUGGCAAGGUUCAUAUUACUACUGAAAUUUUGAACGUAAAGUUACAGGCUUGCUCAACAAAUGAAGAAGGUAAGGCGCUUACCUGCUGCAAAUAAGAUGACGGCCUGUUCAUUAGAAGAUGACAAAUCAGCUGUACGGUUGGUGUGAUUUCUCUUGUUUUUACUCCAGUUUAGGUAGCUGAAGGAAGAAGCUGUGGUUAAUGUAACUGUGAAAUACAGGCUUUAACAAGCUUUAUCGUUGUGUUAUUUUAGCGUAUCGCUCCUUGGGAUUUAUGUUUUGUUAGGGAACGACCAUACUGGCUCUCUCUCUUAACCUCGAACGGAGGGAGUUAGAGAACCGGUUGUUUAUGAUAAAUAAAUAUUUGAU